CCGCGAAAUUGACCAGAGCAAAACAACAUGGGCGAUAAAGGCUAGGGCGAUAAGGGUGUAUCGCGAGCCAGCACAUGACUGCUUCCCAGAAUCGCUGGAGGUUGUUUUCCAUGACGAAGAGGGGUCCAAGAUGCAUGCACACAUCCCAGACCAGUUCAUCAAUAAGUUCAUUGGUAUCUUCAAGGAAGGACGGGUGUUCGCAGUUAAAAACUUUAUGGUUGAAGAGAACUAUAUGUUUUUUAAAACUUCAACAAGUGCCUAUAGGCUCCGUUUUUUUAACAAAAGUGCUGCGUUCGAGAUUAGGGGAGUCCCGUUUCCCAUAAGAACUUUCUCUUUGGUGUCUUUUGCUUCAUUGCAAGCCCAAGACAACAUAGAUGAAAAAUAUGGAAUCGACUUAAUAGGCCAGGUUGUUCACGAUAAGGACCCAAAAACAAUUUUGAGGAAUGACAGGCCACGAAAGUUGAUGGAGAUGGUCUUGGGAGACCCCGAGGGGAAUGUUAUCGCAUGUACUCUCUGGGGACCCAUGGUUGAGAUGCUCUUGACUUACAAGUUGACAACUUCCGAUCCAAUAGUAAUGCUCCUGCAGUGUUGCAAGGCUAGGAAGUACCAAGGUCACGUUCAUGUUUCCAACAUGUUCAACACCACCAAGGUCAUUUUAAAUGGCAGUGAGGAUGAAUUUGUGGAAUUCAGGUCAAGGAUGGCUGAAAGGUCCAGUAAGGGACUUCGGUUUUCAAUAACAACGGACAACUCGGACAAUGGGGACAUAGAAACUGGACAGCAAGAUUUGAUUACUAUUGAGGCUCUUACAAAACUUCAGGAGGAUGGGAAGUACUGGGUUUACGGAGAAAUUGUGGCUAUUGACAGCCACAAAGAUUGGUCCUACAUUUCUUGCAUAGGUUGUAACAGGAAGGUUUCACCAAAUGGGGACAGCUUUUGCUGCCUCUCUUGCAAUUCAAAUGAUGCUGUUCUUAGGUAUAAGGUGAACGUACGGGUGGUUGAUGGCACAACACAUGCCUCCUUCCUGCUUUGGGAUAGGGAGGUUUCAUGCUUGCUUGGAAAGUCUGCCGCAUCCCUUAAGGAACAAAUAUCUAGGAGGAACUUUGGGCCACAUUACUUCCCAUCUGAGAUAAACUCCCUCAUUGAUAUAAAGGCUUUGUUUAAAGUGCAAUUUAAAAGAGAAAGCAGAAGCUUCAAAGGAAAUCAAACUUUUAGUGUUAUAAAGAUGAACACCGAUCCCAAAGUGCUGGCACUUUACUCAACUAAGAUAAAUGAUGUUGAGGAGGAAGAUGAGUUCACUCGAUUAGCUAAAGAGUUUUCAGGGCCUGAAAGCGUGGCUGGAUCAUCACAGCAGUCUGUUUCAAGCCCACUGCUGACCAAGGAGAAAAGGUAUGCCUUGGAUGUUGACACUGAGAAACUCAAACGUGAGCUGUUUGGAGAGUUUGAAGCUUCGACAUCUACCAAAAAAACCAAGGGGAUGAAAAAGGAAUGAAGACUGUGCUUUAACUGUGUUGUGUGUGGCUGUGUUCAACUAUGUUUUUAUGUUAUGUACAAUAAGGCCAACUUUGGUUAUCUAUUGUAUGUUUACUAGAGACAUUAACUAUGUUUAGUGUCAUCUAUGUUUUUAUCUUAUGCAUGUAAAAUAAGGCCAACUUUGGCAACCUAUUCCAUGGCCCUUUAGGGCUUGGUUUUGCCAAGAGUUUGGCUGUUUGUAAUGUUUUAAGGCUAAGGACUCAGCCAUAAGGGGGUUCCCAUCAUGUGUAGUAAUGAAGCAUUUCUAUAUAAAAUAUUUUGUUAAGGCGUA